UACAGAUCGAUAUUGAACGUCAUUUCCGGAAGCCCCUGGAAUUUGAUGUUGAUGAAAAAUGUGAGAAGAAACGCUAAUGGGGUUAAAUUUUAUACAUUAUUCACGCCGUGUUUAGCUGAAAUAAUUCAGAAACUCAAACGGUCAGGAUAUCAGCUGAUAAACUUCAACAACAUAAUUUGUUUCGGAGUUAAUAUGUCUGUAUCAAAAGAUCGCCACUCCUAUGACAGGGACAGCAGCAGUGACACAGAAGAUUACCAUGACUCGGACGACCGAAGGCGUCGUGUGUAUCACAAAAACCGAAUGAGCUAUGUGUCCUCGAAACCAAAGCCGUGCUUAGUCCAGAGACACAGCGCAGGUAGUCGAAACGACCAGGCAAGUGGUCAUUGUGCUAAACAAACUCUCAGCGAGACUCAUCGUAAAAGGUCACGCCACACACUUGGCAGCGCGAAAAGUCAACUGGGUCAUCGAAGUAGUGGAGGUGCUAUUGGAGGAGCACCUGGAACUAGUACUGUAGACUCAGAGUCUGUGACACCAGCUUCGCCAGCAGCUGCCACACCACUCUCUGAUGAUAGAGUCACAUUAGUUGUUGACAAUACUCGGUUUAUUGUUGACCCUGCCCUUUUUACUGCACAUCCUAACACAAUGUUGGGAAGGAUGUUCAGCUCUGGUAUAGAAUUUACUCAUCCAAAUGAGAGAGGAGAAUAUGAAGUGGCAGAAGGAAUCUCAGCAACUGUGUUUCGUUCCAUCCUUGAGUAUUAUAAGGGUGGGCUUAUUCGUUGCCCUCCCACAGUUUCCGUACAAGAACUAAGGGAAGCUUGUGAUUACCUCCUUGUUCCAUUUGAUGCUCAAACUGUCAAGUGUCAGAAUCUACGAGGAUUGCUUCAUGAGCUGUCAAAUGAGGGUGCACGAUGUCAGUUUGAAGUCUUCUUAGAAGAACUAAUACUACCACUCAUGGUCAACUCGGCUCAACGAGGUGACCGUGAAUGCCAUGUUGUGGUGUUGCUGGAUGAUGACGUUGUUGACUGGGAUGAAGAGUAUCCUCCACAGAUGGGAGAGGAAUAUUCUCAAACUGUUAACAGUACAGCAAUGCACCGCUUUUUCAAAUACAUCGAAAAUAGAGAUGUGGCUAAGCAAGUUAUGAAGGAGAGAGGGCUGAAGAAAAUUAGACUUGGAAUUGAAGGCUAUCCGACAUACAAAGAGAAAGUGAAGAAAAGAGCAGGAGGACGAGCAGAAGUGAUCUACAAUUACGUUCAGCGUCCUUUCAUUCACAUGUCAUGGGAGAAGGAAGAAGCAAAAAGCAGACAUGUUGAUUUUCAGUGUGUGAAAUCUAAGUCUGUUACAAAUCUUGCGGAGGCAACUGCAGAUCCAGCACUAGAAUUAGAUGCUGGUGGCAACCUGCCAUUGGUUGCUGCUCCUGUGGGUGCUGUGGAACAAGAGGAAGGUGCAGUAGGAGGACCUUUGCUCCCAUCAUUGCCUGCAAACGAGCCAUACCCAGCAGCAGAUGACCUUGUAUUUACCAUUGAGUCUUGAUGACAACUCGUAGCCAUUUUUUCUUUUGAAAUAUCUUGUGAUGUUUAAAUUAACAGGAAGUGAAUUGUGUGCAAGUGGAUAAUCAAAAUGGUGCUGUGCAUUUGAGGCAUAAUCCAUGGUCACUAAUGGUGCUAAAAUACUAAUGAUUGUGGUUGCUUCGUAGUGUAAUGCAUGAAUUACUAAUUGGUAAAACACGCAUAUCUAAUAUAAGGGCUGUAAUUUGUAUGUCAGAACACCCAUAAAUACAUGGCACAUUCA